CACUCACUGCAAGCGCCUUAGGCUUGGAGCGUGCGCCACCGGGGAAGUCAGUGGCUAGUUCAUGCGGGGAAAUCUGAUUGAGAGCGCGUGAAACCGUGAUAGCUCGCACUACAAGGGUAAACGGUUAUUUUCUGGAAAGGAUGGAUGAUCAAGGUUUGUUGAUGGUAAAAUAUCCUGUUUAACUGUGGACACUUUUCACUCCAGUCAACUUUAAAAGAGGCAGUUAUCAAAGGUUAUGUGAAUGUUAUUUUUCUGUUUAAAAUAUUAUCUUCAGAUAUUUAUCCUAUAGCCUAUAUUGAAACUUGUACAAACACCUCAACAUGCAAAUGUCAUGUUAAUUAUUGCAACAACGCACCGUUUGAGAGUAACACUAUAAUCGUCAGUGUAACAUUCAGUUCGUGUCUCACCGCUGGCCCAGUUGGUUUCAGCACCAUGGCCAGCGCCGGUUCCCGGGACAGUAACGGAGUUGUGCAGAUCUUCAAGGAGGAACGGUGCCCAUCCGGUAUGCUCGAGGACUGCCUCCUCAACUUCACCUGGCAGCCAGGUUUCCCGGAGCUGUUCAACUACACAGCUAAUGGCAGCUGGCUGGGGGACCCGGAGCCCAUGUCGCCAAUCAUCCUUAUCAUAGCAGCGAUGUACUCCGUAGUGUUUGUGGUCGGACUGGUUGGAAACUGUCUGGUCAUGUUUGUCAUCAUCAGGUACACUAAGAUGAAUACAGCCACCAACAUCUACAUCUUUAAUCUGGCUGUAGGCGACGCCUUAGUGACCACCACAAUGCCUUUCCAGAGUACUGACUACCUGAUCAACUCCUGGCCCUUCGGAGAGGUGGUGUGUAAGGUGUUCAUCAGUAUAGACUACUACAACAUGUUCACCAGUAUCUUCACUCUGACCAUGAUGUCAGUGGAUCGAUAUGUAGCUGUGUGUCACCCGGUCAAGGCUCUGGACUUUAGAACUCCCGUGAAAGCGAAGAUCAUCAACGUUCUCAUCUGGGUUUCAUCCUCCGCUGCCGGCAUCCCUGCUCUAGUGCUGGGCAGCACACAGAACAACAACGGUACCACAGAGUGUGCCCUCCAGUUCCCUGACCCCUAUCUCUACUGGGACACAGUGAUGAAGAUCUGUGUGUUCAUCUUCGGCUUCGUGGCCCCCCUCCUCAUCGUCAGUGUGUGUUAUACCCUCAUGGUUCUGCGUCUGAAGAGCGUGCGGCUGCUCUCUGGCUCCCGGGAGAAGGACCGGAACCUGCGGCGGAUCACCCGGCUGGUUCUGGUGGUGGUAGCAGUGUUCAUAGUCUGCUGGACACCUAUCCACAUCUUUAUCCUGGUUAAGAUGCUGGCGCCCCCCGGGGGCAUCCUCGAGACCACGCCCGUCAUGGCAGCCUACUUCUUCUGCGUUGCCCUGGGUUACACCAACAGCAGCCUCAACCCCAUUCUCUACGCCUUCCUGGAUGAGAACUUCAAACGCUGCUUCAGGGACUUCUGCUGCCCGGGGGAGGGGGCAGGGGGACAGCCAGGGGGAGUCGAGUGA